AUGGGUCAGGCGAGUUCUGCACUCGCUACUGGUGCUCUUUUAAAUAUUGCUGGGAUACAUACUACUUCUGAAAAUGAAACUACCAGAUUGCAAGUAUUGGUCAAUGAUAGGAGACCCCCAGCCCCCCAAGUAUUUGCUGCUUGUUCAGAUUUCUACUAUAAUGUGACAAAUGAGAGGGGGGAUGAAUAUGAUUCUCUUGCAAGUCUUCAAUUGCCAUUCCUUGAAAAAGACUCAAGCAAUGGCUUUGAAUCAUGGAAAUCUUCUGGUGGCUGGCCAUUGGCACUAUGGAUAGCACCAACAAAUCAAAGUGCCCAUUCUCCCUCAAUAGGGGCAGUGACAUUACGGAGUGUUUCAAGCCAUGCGAAAUGGAACAUGUUGGAAAUAGAAACGUGCUCCAUCUAUGCUGGCUGGCGGUCUUCAGAGCUUUUUAUCGAUCCCAAGACAGACCAAUACAUUCAUUCUCCAGAUCUCACGAAUCCUACCAAAGACAUGGACGACUGGACUAGCGCAAUCAACGAAUCGAGAGAUUACCCUAUGCGAAAUGCUUAG